CAGAUGCCCUCUCGCUGCAGGAAUGCGCUGAACAUCGUGGUCACCACCCUUUUUGCUGCGGUGGUCCUCUUCACCAUCCUGCUGGCCUACGUCACAGGGUACCAGUUCAUCCACACGGAGCAGCACCACCUCUCCUUUGGCCUGUAUGGCGCCUUCCUCUCCCUGCACCUCUUCCUCCAGAGCCUCUUCGCCUUCUUGGAGCACCGGCGGAUGAGGGGCCCCGCCCAUCCACGGUACCUGCGGCGCUCUGUGGCCCUCUGCAUUGCAGCGUACCAGGAGGACCCGGACUAUCUGAGGAAGUGCCUGCGCAGCAUCCGCCGCAUCUCCUUCCCGGGCCUGAAAGUGGUGCUGGUGGUGGAUGGGAACCGGCCCGAGGACCGGUACAUGAUGGACAUUUUCCAGGAGGCGAUGGGCGGGGCUGAGCAGGCAGGCAGCAUGGUGUGGAAGGGGAACUUUCACAGCGACGGGAGCAGAGGGGGAGGAGUCGGAGGCGGGAGGAGGAGUGCAACGCACAUGGAGGAGACGGGUCAGGUGGCCCGGCUCGUUCGAGGUUGUCGGUUCUCCUGCAUCAUGCAGGAGUGGGGCGGGAAGAGGGAAGUGAUGUACACCGCCUUCAAAGCUCUGGGGGACAGCGUGGACUACGUGCAGGUGUGUGACUCUGACACCGUUCUGGACCCAGCCUGUACCAUUGAAAUGCUGAAAGUCCUUGAGGAGGAUCCGAUGGUGGGAGGUGUCGGUGGGGAUGUGCAGAUCCUCAACAAGUACGACUCGUGGAUCUCCUUCCUGAGCAGUGUGCGUUACUGGAUGGCCUUCAACGUUGAGCGCGCCUGCCAGUCGUACUUCGGCUGUGUUCAGUGCAUCAGCGGUCCGUUGGGGAUGUACAGGAACUCCCUGCUGCAGCGCUUCCUGGAGCCCUGGUACCAUCAAACCUUCCUUGGCUCAAAGUGCAGCUUCGGCGAUGACCGUCAUUUGACCAACCGGGUGCUCAGCUUCGGCUACAAGACUAAAUUCACGGCGCGGUCCCAGUGUCAGACCGAGACACCGACACAGUACCUGCGCUGGCUCAACCAGCAGACUCGAUGGAGCAAGUCUUACUUCCGCGAGUGGCUCUACAACGCCCUGUGGUUCCACAAGCACAGUCUCUGGAUGACCUAUGAGUCCGUGGUCACCGGCUUCUUCCCCUUUUUUCUGGUUGCGACAGUCAUACAUCUGUUCUACCGCGGCAGGCUGUGGAACAUCCUGCUUUUCUUACUGACGGUGCAGCUGGUUGGGAUGGUGAAGGCCACCUAUGCCUGCUUCCUGCGUGGAAGCCUUGUUAUGAUCUUCAUGUCACUCUACUCCCUGCUCUACAUGUCCAGCCUGCUCCCUGCCAAAAUGUUUGCCUUGCUCACCAUCAACAAGGCUGGAUGGGGCACUUCGGGCCGACGGAAGAUCGUGGUGAACCUCAUUGGUGCUGUGCCAGUCACGGUGUGGGCUCUUGUACUGCUCGGGGGCGUGGCGUAUACAAUCUACUGUGAAUCUCAGGAGCCGUUCAGUGAAACGGAGAAGGCCUUGUUGAUUGCUGGGACGAUACUUUACGGCUGCUACUGGCUCAUUCUGCUGGUGCUGUACCUGGCAAUCGUAGCCAAACGAUGCAACAAGAGGGAGGAGCAGUAUCACCUGCCGUACGCAGAGGCAUGA